AUGAGUGAUAAAAGCACCUUGACGCCUGUUUCGUCCGCAAAAUCGGAAGAACAUGCUAGCGGUAGUGUUUCAUCACAAAACGAGCCUGCAUCGAGUAGUAGCACGGAAUCCAAACUUUCUAACAAAGAGCUCAAAGAGCUCAAAAAGAAGGAAAAAGCUGCUAAAAGGGCCGCUCAAAAAGAGGCUAGUGGGAUAUCAGUUGAGAAGCAACAGCAGCAGGCUCAACAAAAGCGGGAAAAAAAACAAACCCAGAGAGACGUACACAGUACUGGAAGUAAGAAAGGGAAGCUCGUAGCGCCUGUGCCUUUGGUCAAAGAGGCAACGCUUUACGGCCACUUGGAAACCACUGAAGAAAGACGUGCGUAUCUGUUAGCCGUCACUAGUGCAAUCAGCUCUAGUCAAGCUUCGAAGAUAACAGCAGCUGGAUUGAUGCUCCCUCAUCUUGCCAGCGCUAUUUCUGGUACUUAUGUUCCUACAACAUCCGCUAUCGGAGCAGCACCACCUUCAGUAGGUAACACAUCUCACACUAUGACAACGGCCGCCGAGCCCUCGGUGUCAGAAAUAGCUCAAAUACUGGCAACGAUGUCAGUUGAUGAUGAAGCUUCAAUGGUACCGGGUACGUCCACAGUCAUUCCACAAACUCUAUUAAAAUCCAUUAGCCAUCCUCAUUUGAAUUCAUCCAUCAAAGAGCUGAUUGUGAACAGAAACUUACUGCACCCAGCGAUAGCUCAGCUCACGUCCGAAAUUGCAGGCUAUAAAAUCAUCGGAUCGAUUCCUCGCUGCUUGGCGAUGCUUGAAGCAUUUCAAACAGCGAUAAAAGAUUACAAGACCCCAGAGGGCACAACGCUAAGUCGUAAUUUGACCAGUUAUCUUUCGCAUCAAAUUGAUUUCCUGAAGAAAGCUAGGCCUCUUAGUGUUACUAUGGGUAAUGCAAUUCGUUGGUUGAAACAAGAAAUUUCUCUGAUCGACUUGAAUAUUCCAGACGCUGUGGCCAAAGAGAACUUGUGCGAGCAAAUCACUCAGUUUGCAAGAGAAAAAAUUGAGUUUGCAGAUCAAUUGAUUAUAGAAAAUGCUUCUCAACACAUUUCUAACGGUUCCACUAUCCUAACUUAUGGAUGUUCGAAAGUUCUGUGCGAUUUAUUCAUUCACAAUGCCACGAAACUCGGUAAAAAUUUCCAAGUUAUAAUUGUAGACUCAAGACCAUUAUUUGAAGGCCGCAAAAUGACUGAUACGUUAAGAAACUGUGGGCUCAAUGUGAUGUACGUGCUCACGACCAGUUUAGGAACCGUGUUCAAUAUGCACAUCAAUUACGUUUUCUUAGGUGCACACUCGAUCUUAUCUAAUGGAUUUUUAUAUUCAAGAGUCGGUACUGCUAUGCUGGCUAUGAGCGCCAAAAGAAGAAACAUUCCUGUUCUAGUGUGUUGCGAAAGCUUGAAGUUUUCUCAACGAGUUCAGUUGGACAGUGUGACGUCGAACGAACUAGCUGACCCUAAUGACUUGGUGGCUAUCGAUUCCGACAAUCCUGUCAAAAGACGCAGUAAUAAGGGUUUCUUGCUUCAACAGUUCAUCAAGGAACGUGAAUUAGAGAUCGCCAACUCAGACCAAAAUCAAAAGAAAAGCGGAAAAGGCGCUGUGAGGACUACCACGGAGGUUAAGGUUGAUGAGAACAAGCCUAUCUUGGCGGACUGGCAGUCGUCACCGAAGUUGAACAUUUUUAACAUCAUGUACGACUUGACGCCGCCCGAAUACAUCAAAAAGAUCAUCACAGAGUUUGGUGCUUUGCCACCUUCCUCGGUCCCUGUGAUUCUACGAGAAUACAAGGGUUCAGCAUAA